GGAAAUGGGUACCGUCAGCCGUCCGCGCGGUAUGCGCCCAAAGUGGCACAAGAAGCGCAUAAAGCGCUUAAAGCUGCGCCGCCGGCGCAUGCGCCAGCGCAGCAAGUAA